UAUGACUACCGGAUUUGAGGCCGACAACGGGUCGUAGAAGGAUGAGCGAGUGCAGAGUACUGUGAGGGUAGCGAGUAAACCACUGAUCAGCAUCCACGAGGUGAACCUUAAUCCCCUAGCAUGGGACGGGUGUGCCUCGCCAUGCUUAAGGGCUGGAGCUACCCACAUCCACCGAACACGACUUUAGUCGUGUCAUGGUCUAGGGCUCUCCUGCUCCGGCUAGCCACAAACGGUUGCGACGGUCAAGGAGGUGCCUUUUCGUUGGAAAGUUGGAUGAUUAUCGGAUACCAAUGCCAGCAGUCCCCGCGGCGCAGGGACGCAAAUACCCCAAGGGGUCUGGUGGCAAUGGAGUUGGAUCUUGAAGCCAAUGCGGUAGUACCCACAGUAUCUCGGCGAGCGUCUGUGACAGAGAAUGGCUGUUUGAUCGCCAGCCUAAUCUACUUGGCAGAAUUGCCGUCCUUAGUGCGAAGGGUGUGCAGUGGGCCUGGUGUUGGUGAGACGUCUUUGUCCAUUAGCGACGAAGGCAAAGAACAACAGUUCCUCAGAAGCCUCCCGUUCGCUGCACGCCUUACGCCGCCUUACCCUCCUCGAAAUCGCUCCCGCAACUUUAUGUCGAACAGCGUCUGCUACUGCGAAUGGUUGCGACCAAAACUACGGGUCGUCUUUCGCUUUGAGGACUUGCCAAUCUCAGCCCUGCUCCUCACACGUGCGUGUCGAUGGUGCAUGGUGGGGUGACAAAAGGAAAGAACUCCGACUUUGCACACGUCGUCGUCACCCACAGAGAUGCAUGCGGAUGGUGACCCUUGAGGGUGGUGUGCCCUGAGACAGCAUUCUGGCCUUGACGGUCUACAUUAGGGUUUGGCGUGACGGUUCAUCAUUUGACUUCUGGCAUUGCUGCAUGAAUACGUGCUGAAGACAGGCUCCGGCCGAGCCAAGCAGCACUCUUUCCUUCUUUUGCAGCGCAAUCUGCAAAUGCAGGGGUACGUUAGUCCAACACGAAUUGCUUAC